GCGCACACUAGACUAGCAGACUUUAGAUGCUUCAUGGCGCGCGCGCUUCUAAAGUUUGCGCGCCAAGCCGCAUUCCUUCGUGUUUAUUCCAAUAUUCUGUAAGGACACAGUGGAGAAAACAGCGAGAGUUCGCAGCGCGGUUCGCAGGUGUGACAGGGCGCCGGCACAAGGACUCCCUUUCGCGCUCCGCGGCUCUCUGGAAACGACCUGAAGCGCGCGCGCGCGCGCGCGCGCAAGGGGCUGCCCGCCCAUCCCAGCGGCGUUCUCCGCUCCAGCCAAAAUAUUUAUAAAGAGGCGGAACGGGACCGCGCGCAUCACAGCGCGUGCCUUCACUCCGCCACGCGAGCAGCUCGUCCUCGCAGUUCGCGCGACCGCUCCACUCGGACGCCUUUCAAAACAUUUUUUUUGCGCGUGUGUGAGAGAACAUCCCACACGUCUCCUAAAUACGAAAAAUGUGCCUUUUGAUUACGUUUAAUGUGCUCGUGCUUGUGGCUCUGUGGGAAAUUUUCGGAAGACACAGUGUGGAGGCUGGGAUGUGUUGGCUGCAGCAGGGCCAGGAGCCACGCUGUGACCUGGUGCUGAUGCGAGGGGUCACCUACGAGGAGUGCUGUUCCAGUGGACGCCUGGACACUGCUUGGUCCAACACCAGCUUGCCCAUCAACGAGGUCAGCCUGCUGGGCUUCCUGGGAAUUGUAUCCUGCAAACCCUGCAAAGUGACAUGCGAGGGGGUGGACUGUGGUCCAGGGAAGGUCUGCAAGAUGAAGGCUGGUCGUCCUCAGUGCAUCUGCUCACCUGACUGCUCCAGUGUUGCUCGCAAGCAGCCUGUCUGUGGCAGCGACGGCAACACGUACCGUGAUGAGUGCGCCUUGCUCUUGGCCAGGUGCAAAGGCCACCCAGACUUGGAGGUCAUGUACCAGGGGGAGUGCAAAAAGUCGUGCUCUAAGGUGGUGUGCCCAGGCACCCACACGUGCGUGACGGACCAGACCAACAGCGCCCACUGCGUCAUGUGCCGCACAGCUCCAUGCCCCUUGCCCGUGGCAUCAGAACAGCCCAUCUGUGGCAACGACAACAUCACCUACCCCAGCGCCUGCCACCUGCGUCGGGCCACCUGCUUCCUGGGCCGCUCCAUAGGCGUGCGUCACUAUGGCCACUGCACAAGUGCUCGCAAGCACACUUUGGAGACUGGCGACAGUGCAGAAAACUCACUGUAGAAAAGAUGGUUUUGAGGACUCGGUCCAUGUAAGAUGAACUUGGACUUGAGAAGAUGGAUCUGACGAGACAGAGAGCAGAUUUCUCUUUAUUUUUAAUCUGUCAGUAAACUAAACUCCUGUAAGGUGUUCAUUUGUAGUGCCCCUUAUUUAUAGACUAAUAACAAAGGAUAUGAGGAAGUUGCCUUGGCGGACAUAUAUUUUUUAAAUAACACAUUUAAACCUUGUUUUUAUGUGUAAAACAAAUAACUGUUUAUAGAUGCAUGCAUUGUAUUGUAUGGGGGAAAUUUUUAUUUUUUUUUUUUUGUUUUUACUCAGUCUGCCACUUAAGUAUACCAAAAUGAAAUUGAAGUGUGAGUCUAAGAAAGAUGUUAUGGAUUUUGGUAGAGUGGCUAUUGUGCAUACUGUAAAUAAAUCAUCAUUGAUAUUUAUUGGAGAAAAGGCAUUAAACCUGUUUUAUUUAUGUUUUUUCAUGUAUACACAUCAUGUAUACAGAGGUGUCAGCUGUCUUCUGGUAUUUAUUGUCUUUUUCUACUGGUUUUGGUUGUAUGUUACUGAUCCCAGUUUGAAUUGCAUUAAUCAGAAAUCAGGAUUAAUAUAGCUUGUUUUCCCCCAUAUGAAGUGUAUGACUUUCAGGCCCACUUGUUGUUUAUUAUAGCUGCAUGGCAAACUAUCUAAAUUCUUUUAUGAUUUGGAGGCCCAAACAUCAGAAGCAAAGACACAGAGGUGCAAUUCAGUCUAUGAAUAAUUCUGUCUGCACUGUAGCCUUUUUAGUUGGGAGCAAAACAAAGUAGACAAAAGUGAAUUAUAUGUGGGUUUUUGUGUUUGGUCUGAAAGUAAAUAAGGCCUUUUGAUCACUUAUUGUUUAGGCUGAAGAAAAAUCAAAUAUUUUUUUUCCCGAACCACCAACUACCAGCGCCAAGCUUGCUAGCGAAAGCGGCUGUUUUAGUUGACAUGAAGACUGAGAUUCCAGUUAAACAAUCAUGUAAUGCAGACCCUUUGGUGCUUGAUCAGCUUGUAAAAGUGGGUGGCUGAGUGGCUGCAUCUCAUGUGGCUAUUUUACAUUCAAUGCAAUUCCAUUUCACUGUUAAUCAUGUCAGGCAUAUGCAUAGCGUAUGGAUUUGUCAUUUUAAGGUGUCUGUAUACGUUUUGUCUCAUUUGACUUUGUUGUGGCUGUGAAAAUGAAAAUCAACCUGCUCGCAUACAAUAUCUGAUCUCGAAUGAAUGCUGCUCAGUGUAUUUAUGCAGAGAUUUGAUGAGACAAUUGCAGAUAAUGCUUAGAAGAAAAUGAUCUGUUAGUUUAUUGGUGGUGUGUCCAAUCAUCUGUUUUAUUUUGUGAAAGGGUGAGAGUCUCAGUAUUGUUGAGAUCAUAUUUCCUUGCAUUAUACAUUUGUUUUCUAUGGAUUCUGUCUAAAACCAUAUUUAGAGUACUUGCUUGUAAAAUGGAAGACUUGUGUAUCUAUUGUAAGAUGUAAUUUUACAAAAUGUACCUACUUAUUUUUGUACUUU